AUGUCGCCCGGAGAAGAAACAGAGGGACAGCCUCCUAGACGCAAGCGCCAUAGUGCUGCAGUACAGACACAGCAGCAGCAGCAGGUGGCCACAGAAGCAGCAGCAGCAGCAGCAGCAGCAAACAGAAGCAGCAGCAAAAAGGCAGGUGUCAGGAGGCCCCACUUCUUUUUUAAGUCAGAAGUGGAGCCACGAGGGACAAACGCUGCAGCAGCAGCGACAGCAGCAGCAGCAGUCGCAGCAGCAGCAGCAGCACUGCAGCAGCAGCAGCAGCAGCAGCAACAGCAGCAGCAGCAGCAGCAGCAGCGCCGUCGAUCUUUAAAGGGCGAAGAGCUCCUUCUAGAGAAGGAGGGCCCCUCCCCCUCCUCCUCCUCCUCCUCAGCAGCAGCAGCAGCAACAGCAGCAGCAGCAACAGCAGCAGCAGCAGCAGCAGCAGCAGCAGGAGACGCAGAGCUCAGCCUCGCCUGUCUCAGCCGCAGCGACUUUGAGUGCGACGUCCCCGGCGUUCGCUUCGAUCAGAGAGACAAAGCCUGGCUAGCCACCUGGCACGAUGGUUAG